AUAUAUAUAUAUAUAAUUUCAUAUUCAUAAUUAUACUUCACGUAUCUUUGUAAUUCGUUUCCCACAAAAGAUAUUUUUUUUAAAAUAUUAACGUGUAUGAAUAUACGUGUACAAAAAAAUUUAUAUUUUUUGUAUUUUAUUGUUGAUGAGAGACAAAUAACAAUUUUAUGUUAUUUGAGAAAACUAUUUUCUGAUUGAUCUUUUCGCUCGUUUAUACAUUAAAAACAAUACCCUGCCAAACGCGUUGAUCUUAUGACAAAGAAUAGAAUAGAGAUAACUGAUAAACGAAUAAAUUUCAAAAGUAAAUAGGAAAUCGAUUCUUUCGUUGAAAUAUAUUACUCGACUUUCAUCGAUGAGAAGUUGAGUUGCAGUGUAAACGAUUCAUUUGCCGAAUGAUAAAAAAAUGAAUACCAAAGUGGGGUAGGUUAUUGAUUUCUGUGUGGGUGCCAUGUUGGGAGGCAAUACCAUGGUGGGUGUCUCUUGGUCAUACCAUACGCGGUAGUCUACAGAGAAUAUAAAUAGGAGGGGUAGUUGCACCAUUGACCCAGUGUUGAGUUGACGUACGGUCGGUUCGGUCGCUCGAACGGAAUAUUGUCUUACGCCUUUCUUAGUUUUAUAUCUGUGUACGUGAAUUGUUAAUAACCGUAGUGGAAAGCCCCUGUAAAAUCAACCAAUGCAAUCCGAAACACUGCCCUUUCUUACUUACCUUCCAACUUUACAAAUUUACACCCGAAUCAUCGGCGUGUAUCCAGUGUUUUAAGCAUUCUGCACGAACGUUGUUCUAUGAUAAAAAAAAAUUCAACAAACAUUGGUGGACACCCGUUAAUCGAGUGUACGCGAAUCUCGAUUUUUCUUUCUAAAGAUAAUUAGCAGCACUGAUAAACCAAUGUGCAACGAUAAUCAGGCCUUAGCGGUGGUCAAUUUUUUCGAAGAAAGUUUACUUUUGACGACAUAAAUUUCGUACGUUUUUGACCGACGUUUGAUCGAACAAGGAAACGUACAAGCCAAACGAACUUAUUUGUGAGUGAUUCUCAGAUUAUUAUAUAUUCGUUUAAAGCAAUAUGUCAGAAAUAGCGGGAAUCUCGCAAGGAUUGGGAAAUCCUUAUAAAAUUGUCGAUCACACCCGAGAAAAACGAAAGGGAAUCACUGCUUCUUCUUUGAAAGAAUUAACCAAUAUUGCAAGAAAUCGCCUGUCUUUGCCUUUGGAUGCAGAAUUGACAAUCGUCCUGGAACAAGAUGGAACUGAGGUAGACGAUGAAGAAUAUUUUGCAACGUUGGAAAGAAAUACUAGUCUGAUGGUUCUGCACGGAGAUCAAAAGUGGGCGGCAGCGGGAAGUAGUAAAGCUGCUUCUCGUUACAUUGUUGUCGACGACGUAGAUAACAUAGAAGGCGGACAAAGAAGAGAGGAACUCGGAAGGCGUCGACCACCGAUAGAAGCUUUAGUUUCAUCGUUGCACGGUGAUCCAUCUCACAUAUCGCUCCUUGACGGACAGAAUUUAGAACUGCUUAGUGACAUGGAUCCAGAUAGCGUAGCUGAUAUAGUGUCUGGCAAUAUAAUCUUCCUUGAGCAACUGAAAGAAGCUUCGGGUAGAUUCUUGGCUGAGAAACGGCAAGCGCAAGGAUCUUUGGAUGUUCUUCAGAUGUGUGCAAGUGGUGGAGAAAUAGAGCGAGCGUAGGCCAUGUGGGGGGUGGGCGCCCUCACAUUGGCUAACAUGUAUCGAGUGCGACGUCGCAUAUUUUAUAAAGGUCGCCAGUUACAACAAACUUUGAUCCUUUUCUGGAAUUGAGCCCGUCGUGUUUAAAGCGUACGAGUUUACUGCGCCGUUUACCGUCGUAUUACUCGUGAAUGUUUGCAUUGUCAAUGAAAGUCUCGAGAUUCUACUAUGCAACGUUUUAAAAGAUGCAAUGGUGAAAAGACGUGUAUAGGAACUAGUGAGUUCCUAUUUUUGACGGGUAGUUGAGUCUUGUUUCUGAGAUAUUUGCAGGUAUUUACUAAAUGUGUGUACAUUUAAAUUUAUUAGCAAAAGAAGAAUUUAUUUAUGGAACAUUACCGCUUGUCAGUGCUAUGAGUUAAUGCAUAGUUACAUGUUUUGUUAAUAGCAACUUGUUUUUCUGAUUGUUUUUUUUUAUUUUAUAUAGGUUUAUAGCAUAAAUACACGGUUCUGGUGUUAUUUAUUUUGUAGAAUAUGACAUAAGGAAUUGCUUUAAUGCAAAAUGAGGUCUUAAAAUACACAUGCAUAGUUAAACACGUGCAAUUUAGCCAAAUAAUCUGUAUGUAUUGCGUAAACAAAAGCUAUGUAGAAAUAUCAUGUCAAAGAAAAUAUUCCGUCACGAUGUUGUCAUAUCAGUAUUAUCAAAAAGGCGACAUGUUUGGUUCAUGAACUUUUGUACGUAGAUAUAUCGUACCAACUCGUUUAGUUCAACGAAGAUCGAUGAAAUGUUUAAGACUGAAUUUAUAGAGAAAGAAUGCAUCCCCAUUGUAAUCAUCAAUUCAUUGUACACUAAAUUUAGCGUGGUAAUAGGGAAAAUCAAUAUCAGCUCUUUGAUACCAGAGUUAUGCAUUUGAUAAGAAAAACUGCAGAAAAAAAAAAGAAAAUGUGCACGUGUUUCUGAAAAGAUUAUGCGUAUGCAAAAUGAUGUUGUAUUAAAAUAAAAUUUAUUAUAUCUAUACUUGUUACGAAAGUGAAACCAACUUUACAACGUUUAAAGACAUAAAUUACUUAACGUUUAUACGUAAUAAUGCUUAUUUUAAAUUUUAAAAGUAAAAGAUUCAAUGCUUAUGUUUAUUCUUUGCAGAAACACUCUAAACGAAACAUCGUGACAUUCUUUGAUAUAUAACAUCUUAACGUCUGUAUACUACAAAAUAAUGUUUACAUUUACUGUCAUUUGGAUAUUUAAAAUGCAACGAUCAGCAUAGACAUAUUAAUAAUUGAUAGCAUCCAAAUGCGUCGGUGAUUAUAAAUUUGUUCUAUAAUUUCUAACGAUGUUUCUUUGUGAGAUUGAACAAAGUAAUAUUUUAAAAGGUAUUAGAAAAUAGUUGAUAUAUUUAAUAGAACUGCCAAUUAAAGAAAAAUUGAUGCUCAAUAAUGUCCCACCCGUCGUGUCCUUUAAAAAUACUGAUUUUUUAACACUGAUAUCUAACACAUUAUACUAAGGUAGCUCUGUUAUUAUCAUUGUUAUUAUUAUCAUAUUCUCAUGUUCGUUACAUAUUUGGAUAAGUCUUAUAUAUAACAAAAUAUAUUUACAUCGAUUAGGUUUUAAUAGAGGAUAUAAUAUUUCCAUCUAUGAGUUGAGACAACACGUUGGAAGUAUCUUUCGAUCGAUCACAGGCGCUACGUAAUUGAGAAACAGCCUCUUGAAGAAUAAGUUCACUCUUUAGCAAUUGUUUGUUAACAGUUGAUAGUUCUUGAGUGGCAUUGCCAAUUGUUCCAUCGAUUAAUUGUAUAAUGUCCUUAUCCAAUGUUUCAUUGCAUUCGUCUAUUUUAUCAUGAAACAUGUCAAUUGAAGUAUUAAACAUUUUUUCUUAAGCGAAAUAAAUAUUGUAUAUUAUUUGUAUGUAUAAAUAUUGAGAAUAAUAAAUGUUCUAAAUAAUUAAAGUUUUAGCUGAGAUAAAAUGAGCUUGAAUCUAAUGGAAAUUUUCAUUAUUCUAGUGAUUGUGUUACUACAGAUUCUUCUGCGUCGAAAUUGUUAUAUGAUAUUUUAGUAAUAGUAAUGCAUAUUGUAUUACAGCAGUAUCAAUAAAAUGAUGUUAACGGAAGUAUUCAUUCGAUUAUUUUUAAAAUUAACGCUUGAACUUACGUAAUUUUUUAUGAAGUAAACUA